UCUCUCUCUCUCUCUCUGUCUCUGUCUCUCUCUCUCUCUAUCGUUUUUUUUCUAUCCCUUUUUAUUCUCAUUUUUUCCAUGGAGGCAGAGAUCUUCACGUUUCGAAAUCCAUAAUCUCGGAAUCAACGAAGAACAGAUUGCUGGUUUGAGCUGAAUGCUACGUUGGAUAUCCGUUGGUUUUGACAAAAUAUUCUUGAAAGGGUGAGCCUCAUCUGGUAUGGAAGAGCCAGGCUGACUGUUUAGUAGUCAAAAGAGUACUUUGCAUGCCUUUGCAAUUUGUUCGAAUGAGAGAGUUGGCACCUCUACAGGCGUCAUGGCUCAACAGUCGUCUCGGUUACAUCGCCUGCUCACUCUUUUGGACACUGGUUCAACUCAAGCAACAAGGUUUGCCGCUGCACGGCAAAUUGGCGAUAUUGCAAAGUCACAUCCUCAGGACUUAAAUUCUCUCCUAAAAAAGGUUUCUCAAUAUCUUCGGAGUAAGAAUUGGGAUACCAGGGUUGCUGCUGCUCAUGCUGUGGGAGCAAUUGCCGAGAAUGUUAAGCACACAUCUCUGAAGGAAGUUUUUGCAUAUGUUGAAGCGGAGAUGAUGGAGGCUAGAAUUUCUGAUGCUACAAAAGACAUGGUGAUGGGAUGGUCAAAUUUUCUUCCGAAAACUGUAGCAGGCCUCUCUUUCAGAAGCUUUGACAUUGGAAAGGUGUUGGAAUUUGGUGCUCCAUUAUUGGCCUCUGUGGGACAGGAAUACGAUAUUGCAAAUGAUAAUAGCAAGAAUCCAGCAGAACGGAUAGCCCGCCAAAAGCAUCUUCUUCGCCGCCGUUUAGGUUUAGAUGUCUGUGAGUCAUUUAUGGAUGUCAAUGAUGUGAUCAGAGAUGAAGAUCUUAUCUUGCACAGGGUUCAUUCCCAUGAAAAUGGGACAAAUCAUGGAUACUAUGCAUCUCAGUCUGGGCAACACAUCCGUCAGCUGGUUGGGAAUAUGGUUCCGAGUUUUUUUUCCAGAAGAUUAAGUGCCAGGGAAAUGAAUCUGUUAAAACGGAAAGCCAAAGUAAAUGCAAAAGACCACCCAAAAGGAUGGUCCGAGGAUGAUGAUUCUGAAGUAUCAUUUUCUCAAAAUUCAGUAACACAAAAGGGAGCAUCCACCGACCAACUUAGUUUGAAUAAGGUGCUUACAGAUGCUUUUGUAGAUGAGGAAAGCUCUGAACAUGAUGGUAAUGGACGGUGGCCAUUCCGCCAUUUUGUUGAGCAACUCAUCCAUGAUAUGUUUGAUCCGAUUUGGGAGGUGCGCCAUGGUAGUAUUAUGGCUUUAAGAGAAAUUUUAACCCAUCAAGGUGCUUCUGCUGGAGUUUUUAUGCCUGACUUGGGCUCAGAAAGUUCUUGGGGUAGUGAAGUUGAAGAUAAACUUAAUUUGAAUUCCACAGCAAAGAGAGCAAGGGAAAUUGAUCUGAAUAUGCAAUUUUCUGUCAGUGAAUCUGAGCCAAGCAUGAAGAGGCCAAAGUCGGAAGAUUUUUCAAGUCCAUUCAUAAGCAGAGUGGCAUCUAGAGAAAAGGAGAAGUUGGAAGAUUUUUCAAGUCCACUCGAAAGCACAGUGGCCUCUGGAGACAAGGAGAUGGAUGUUGGUGUGUUCUUAAAGUUUGAAGAUGGUGCAUGGAGUUCAACUCCUGGGCUGGUUAAUGGUGGACUUACUGUUGCUCCUGGUAAGUUGGAGCCUGAUUCAUGUCUCGAUGGCUUUCAUUUUCAGUGUAAAGGGGAAGCUGGCAAUGCAGCUGAACAGAAAAUCUUCUUUGAAGAUGGGAGCUCUGACAUGAAGAAGCACUUGCUGACUAAUCUGCCUGAAGGUUGCAAACUGAUGAAAUCGAUCAAAGUUGCAAGGCAUUCAUGGAUUAAAAAUUGGGAAUUCCUUCAAGAUUGUGCUAUUCGCUUCCUUUGUGUACUAUCAUUAGAUCGUUUUGGAGAUUAUGUUUCUGAUCAGGUUGUUGCCCCUGUUCGGGAAACUUGUGCUCAAGCACUAGGUGCCACACUUAAGUACAUGCAUCCUUCACUAGUUCAUGAAACACUCAAUGUCUUACUACAGAUGCAGUGUAGACAAGAAUGGGAAAUUCGUCAUGGAAGCCUUUUGGGGAUCAAAUAUUUGGUUGCUGUUCGAAGGGAAAUGCUUCAAGAUUUACUUUCCUGUGUACUGCCUGCAUGUAGAGCUGGGCUUGCUGACCCUGACGAUGAUGUUAGAGCAGUUGCUGCUGAGGCCUUAAUACCGACUGCUGCAGCCAUUGUUUCUCUUAAGGGCCGAACGCUACAUUCAAUUGUUAUGCUAUUGUGGGAUAUUUUGCUUGAUUUGGAUGACCUGAGUCCAUCCACUAGUAGCGUGAUGAAUUUGUUGGCGGAAAUAUAUUCUCAGCCAGAGAUGGCUACAAAGAUGUUAGGGGCUUUAGCAUCGAUUGAGAAACAAGAAUUAGAUCUCAAUGUAGUUCAAGUUGAUGAACAAGGAGACGGGGUUAAGUAUGAGGAGAAUCCUUAUAUAUUAUCAACUCUCGCACCACGAUUGUGGCCAUUUAUGCGGCACAGCAUUACUUCAGUUCGCCAUGCAGCCAUACGCACUCUAGAGCGGCUGCUUGAAGCCAGCUGUGGGAAGAGCUCUGAACCCAUGGCUGGUAGUUUCUGGCCUGCCUCUAUUUUGGGAGAUACUCUUAGGAUUGUCUUUCAGAACUUGCUUUUGGAAUCAAAUGAGGAAAUUUUACUGUGCUCAGAGAGGGUGUGGAGACUCUUGGUUCAGUGUCCAGAGUCAGAUUUGGAAGCUGCAUCAAUUUCAUACAUUUCUUCUUGGAUAGAGCUUGCAACUACUCCAUAUGGCUCCCCCUUGGAUGCUACAAAAAUGUUUUGGCCAGUGGCGCUCCCUCGGAAAAGUCAUUUUAGGGCUGCUGCUAAGAUGAGAGCUGUGAAACUGGAGAAUGACUGUAACCAUAAUUUUGGUUUUGAUACGGUGAAGGACGCUCACUUGCUGGAAAGAAGUGAAGUUUCUAGCAAGUUCACUAAGAUAAUUGUUGGUGCAGACAGUGAAAAAUCAGUCACUCGUACACGAGUGGUUACAGCUACAGCCUUGGGUAUUUUGGCAUCUAAGUUGCCUGAGGCGUCUUUGCAAUUUGUUUUUGAUCCAUUGUGGAAGGACCUUACCUCAUUAUCUGGGGUCCAGCGACAGGUGGCCUCAAUGGUUCUUGUUGCUUGGUUCAGAGAGCUGAGAAGCAGGGUCCCCCCUGGAAUGCAUGCAAGUAUGCUUGGCUUUAUCAACCAUCUCAGACAAUGGUUGUUGGAUUUGUUAACUUGUACUGAUCCUUCAUUCCCGACAAAAGAUUCACUUCUUCCUUAUUCUGAGCUUUCUAGAACUUACACAAAGAUGCGUAGUGAGGCCAGUCUCUUGUUCCGCGUGGUUGAUUCAUCUGGCAUGUUUGCUAGUAUGUUGCCAACCAUUAACAUUAAUCUGGAUACUGUAACUAUUGAUGAUGCAAUCAGUUUCACAUCCAAAAUUGCACCACCAGUUGACCAUUCAACUGGGGAGGAAACUACAGAAAGGCACAUUGUUGAUGAUAUAGAGUCAGCAAAGCAACGACUUUUGUCAACUUCAGGCUAUUUAAAAUGCGUUCAGGGCAAUUUGCAUGUUACUGUCUCUGCCUUACUCGCUGCUGCAGUUGUCUGGAUGUCUGAGCUGCCGGCUAGGCUAAAUCCAAUCAUUUUGCCUUUGAUGGCUGCUGUCAAAAGAGAACAGGAGGAAAUACUGCAACAGAAAGCAGCAGAAGCACUAGCAGAGCUUGUUUUUCACUGUGUGGCACGUAGGCCAGGUCCGAAUGACAAGUUAAUUAAGAACCUUUGCAGUUUGACUUGCAUGGAUCCUUGUGAAACGCCCCAAGCUGCUCUACUUAGUUCUGCAGAGGUCAUUGAAGAUCAAGAUCUCCUUUCUUUUGGAAAAGCUACAGGUAAUCAGAAGACAAAGGCUCAAAUGCUCUCUUCUGGUGAAGACCGGUCAAGGGUUGAAGGUUUCAUAAGCAGACGUGGGUCGGAACUUGCAUUAAAGCAUUUGUGUGAGAAAUUUGGUGGUUCGUUAUUUGACAAGCUACCUAAACUGUGGGAUUGCCUUACUGAGGUUCUCAAGCCUGGUGGCACAGAAGGGUUGGUGCCUACAAAUGAAUGGAAAAUGACACAAACAAUUGACAGUCUCAAGGACCCACAAGCCUUGAUAAACAACAUCCAGGUAGUACAUUCUAUCGCACCAAUGGUGGAUGAGACGUUGAAGUCCAAAUUGCUGACACUUGUUCCAUGCAUAUUUGAAUGUGUGCGCCAUCACCAUGUUGCUGUUAGAUUAGCUGCUUCAAGAUGUAUUGCAUCAAUGGCCAAGUCAAUGACAAACUGUGUAAUGGGAGCUGUCAUUGAGAAAGUCAUUCCUAUGCUUGGGGAUUCCGAUUCUGUACAUUCCAGACAGGGUGCUGGCAUGCUUGUAAGUUUGCUUGUUCAAGGAUUGGGAGUAGAACUGGUUCCAUAUGCUCCUUUGCUAGUCGUUCCUCUUCUGGGGUGCAUGAGUGAUUGUGAUCAUGCUGUCAGACAGAGUGUGACACAUAGUUUUGCUGCCCUUGUACCUCUUCUGCCGUUAGCAAGGGGCCUCCCACCACCAGUAGGACUGUGUGAAACGUUAUCUAGAAACACAGAAGAUGCACAGUUUCUAGAGCAACUACUCGACAACUCUCAUAUCGACGAUUACAAGCUUUCUGCUGAGUUGAAAGUGACGCUGAGAAGGUAUCAGCAAGAGGGUAUAAAUUGGUUGUCUUUCUUGAAACGGUUCAAGCUUCAUGGAAUUCUAUGUGAUGACAUGGGACUCGGUAAAACUCUUCAAGCAUCUGCGAUUGUGGCAUCUGAUAUAGCAGAGCGACGUGCUUCCAACAACGGAAAGGACCCGCUAUCAUUAAUAAUCUGUCCUUCAACAUUAGUUGGACACUGGGCCUAUGAAAUAGAAAAGUACAUUGACAUCUCUGUAUUGAUUCCUCUCCAGUAUGUUGGUUCUGCGCAAGAGCGCACCUCACUUCGGGAUCAAUUUGAAAAGUAUAAUGUCAUAAUAACAUCAUACGAUGUUAUCCGUAAAGAUAUUGAUCAUCUUGGGCAGCUUAUUUGGAAUUACUGUAUUUUAGAUGAGGGACAUAUCAUCAAGAAUUCAAAGUCUAAAAUCACUGGUGCGGUAAAACAUUUGAAAGCUGAACACCGUCUUAUACUGAGUGGGACACCAGUUCAGAAUAAUGUGUUGGAGCUCUGGUCCCUCUUUGACUUUCUAAUGCCAGGGUUUCUUGGGACAGAAAGACAGUUCCAAGCAACUUAUGGCAAACCAUUACAAGCGGCUAAAGACUCUAAACGUUCUGCCAAGGAUGCUGAAGCAGGAGCUCUUGCUAUGGAAGCAUUGCACAAGCAGGUUAUGCCCUUCCUCCUCCGUCGAACCAAAGAUGAGGUUUUGUCUGAUCUGCCAGAGAAAAUUAUUCAGGACAGAUAUUGUGAUCUGAGCCCUGUCCAAUUAAAACUUUAUGAGCAGUUCUCCAGUUCGGAUGCUAGAAAAGAAAUCUCAACUAUGGUAAAUGUAGAUGGGAAACCAAUUACAGCAGAAGAAACAAGCCCUUCCCCAAAAGCAUCUUCGCACGUCUUCCAGGCACUUAAAUACUUGUUAAAGCUUUGUAGUCAUCCAUUGCUCGUCGUUGGUGAAAAGCCUCCUGAUUCCUUAAAGUCUGCUUUAUCAGAACUAAUCCCUGGCAGUGCUGACAUUUCAUCUCAACUUCAUGAACUGCACCACUCUCCCAAGUUGGUUGCUCUUCAAGAGAUACUGGAAGAGUGUGGAAUAGGUUUAGAUGCAUCUAGUGCUGAGGGUGCUGUCGGUGUUGGGCAGCACCGAGUUUUGAUAUUUGCUCAGCACAAAUCCUUUCUUGACAUAAUUGAAAGAGAUUUGUUCCAAACUCAUAUGAAAAGUGUCACAUACCUGAGGCUGGAUGGCUCCGUUGAACCAGAAAAACGUUUUGAAAUUGUGAAAUCUUUCAAUUCAGACCCUACUAUUGAUGUACUCCUUCUCACGACACAUGUCGGUGGACUUGGUUUGAAUCUGACAUCAGCUGACACACUCGUUUUCAUGGAGCAUGAUUGGAACCCAAUGAGAGAUCACCAGGCAAUGGACAGAGCCCAUAGGCUGGGCCAGCGAAAAGUCGUAAAUGUCCACCGUCUCAUCAUGCGGGGAACCUUGGAAGAGAGAGUUAUGAGCCUCCAAAGAUUCAAAGUGUCAGUUGCCAAUGCUGUCAUCAAUGCAGAGAAUGCCAGUAUGAAAACGAUGAAUACGGGCCAGUUGCUCGACUUAUUCACUCCUGUGCAGGCCAGCAAAAAGGGUACUUCCCAUUCCAAGAGUGCCAAUGGAAGCCUAGAUGAAGAUCCGAAGUCCAUGGGCGGAGGGAAGGGCCUGAAAGCCAUCCUCAAUGGGCUGGAUGAGCUUUGGGACCAAUCCCAGUACACUGAGGAAUACAACCUCAGCCAAUUCUUAGCAAAGCUCAACGGCUGAAAACUCGUCGCUGCCACCAGUGUACAAAGUGUAAAUUGGAAGAGGGAGUUUGUCGGCUCAAAGAUUUUGACAGUGAUCACAUCGUCCCCUGCUAAUUCUUUGUUUUUUGUAAAUGUUUAUUAUGUUACUGAGAAGCUGGCUAAAUUGCGGUGACUGGUCGCUCCAUGCGGGCCGGAGGGAAUUUUGAUCAUCCAUCAGCAAAAAGGUAUUGGAAAGCAAAUGUAUAAGUUUUGAAUAUUGUAUAUACCACCAGCUGCUCUCAUAAUUGAGUUCCCCAGUUCAUUGAAUCA